AUGGCUACCUCUACACAGGUCCUCAUCCCAACAACCAUGAUGACUGGUACAAUUAUAAAGACCAGCAUCCUUGUCAGCCAAGUAUCAGAAUAUGAUCUCCUGCAGACGUGCGCGGAACCUCAGGUAUCUACCAUUGUUCGUGACAUGGUAGAUGGCUGUGAAGACGGGUCACGAACAACGUCCUACGCAUGCUUCUGUUACACCAGUUCGAAGUACUUCAAUGACCUGAUAGCGCGGCGAGUUUCGACUGCUUGCAGCAACGAUCUAUCGCAAACUGUACUAGCGAUGGGUGUCUUCUGGGAGUACUGUGAGAUAGGAGCCAUCAAUGGACUACCCACUGCUGUUCUCGCGUCUGUCACCUCAGGCACAUCAUCUGCUAUUCCUAGCCCGGUCACCACAUCGACAUCGCAGCCGACGUCUGGCGCUUCAGCAUCUCACCCUACCUCAAGCCUGACAUCCAGCCCAAGUUCAAUAGCGUCUUAUACCUCGAUACUCACCAACACUCCAGAUCCGAAUUCGCAAACUACAAAUUAUCGCGGUUGCGGUCGCGGUCCCGGUAGUCGUCAUUGCGCUGAUUGUGGGAGCUAUCAUCAUUCUACCGCAUUAAGAAAUCGAAGGCUCGCGCGAAUACGGCAGGAAUUACUUGACUUGCCGGAUAGCGGUACAGACAACGGAAAGAACCACGGUCCAUACGUUUACUAUCAUCAGAAUAACGAACUUUCGAGCAGUUUCUUCAACUCUGAAUACAAGGCUUCAUCACACUGUGUCCAGCUAAGCUUGACAUUGUUUGCAUUGUUGCAGCCGAUACGCAUAACCGCAGCUUCAACACUUCUUGCUCGCAGGCAUCAUUCUCUCUCACCGGCCUCGCUCACUUUUUGCAAGGUUCCAGACGAGCUGAAGAUGGAGAUCUCCAGCUAUACCUUGAUCUCCGGAACUGCGAUCGAAGUCGAUCCAAUGGACGACGUCAAGGACUUCGCGCACAGUCAACAGAUCCGACAACACAUUGCAGUCGGCCCAGACUUCUCAGCAUUGCCUCUGCAGAUCUUCUACGAAAUGAACACGAUAGAUGUAUGGGAAAGCAGGUACAUGCCACCUCGCACUAUUCGUCUCUAUGUUCGUAACCUCGAAUAUGGCGCACCCUGGAUAUCGUUCGAGAAGCUGGUUGCGGAGCUGCGACACUUCACCGGUCUUCGUUGUAUCGAAUCAACUGUACCACCGCCCACUCGAUGGCUUCAUUCCAACUGCAAGGGUACGUUUGCCACUUGGGGCUCAGAGAUAUGGGCGGAACCGCAUCCUUCAUACAUUACCCGCUGCGAAAUUGCCAAGGAGCGCAUUCGAGAGUGA